GGGGGCUGUCGGUACAUUGCGGCCUUCGUCUGAGCGGAAUUUUGCUUUCGACCGUACGACCGCGGGAGACGGCUCGCAAAAAUGUCCCGAGUUUACAUUGGAAGACUGAGCUACCGAGCCAGGGAAAAGGAUGUCGAAAAGUUCUUCAGAGGUUAUGGGAAGAUACUAGAGGUCGACCUAAAAAACGGGUAUGGUUUUGUUGAAUUUGAUGACCCCCGGGAUGCAGAUGAUGCGGUGUAUGACCUGAACGGCAAAGACUUGUGUGGGGAGAGGGUUAUUGUUGAGCACACCAAGGGACCUCGCCGAGAUGGAAGCUAUGGAGGAAGGAGUGGAUAUGGGCGCGGGGGAAGAGACAGAUACGGCCCACCAACGCGGACAGAUUAUCGGCUCAUUGUUGAGAACCUUUCCAGUCGUUGCAGCUGGCAAGACCUGAAGGACUACAUGAGGCAGGCAGGCGAGGUGACAUAUGCUGACACCAACAAGGGCCGCAGGAAUGAAGGAGUCAUAGAGUUCAGGCUUUACUCCGACAUGAAACGAGCCCUGGAGAAGCUGGAUGGCACAGAGGUGAACGGCAGGAAGAUCCGACUCAUCGAGGACCGCCCCGGUGCCAGACGAAGACGCUCCUAUUCCCGCAGUCGCAGCCGUUCCAGGUCCCGCUCCCGAAGUCGUAGAUCCCGCAAGAGCCGCAGCCGCAGUGAGAGCAGCAGUCGUAGCCGCUCCCAUUCCAGGGCGGCCUCCCGCUCCCGCAGCCGCUCUCAAAGCAAGAAGACUAAGGGCAAGAGUGUCAAGAAGGAGGAUGAGGAGGAGAGCAGCAACGGCGCACAGAAGAACAAGGAGGAGCGCAGUCCAAGCCGUAGCCCCAAGAGCAAGAAGGCCAAAAAAGAAGGGAAGAGGAGCAGGAAGGACGAGUCUAGGUCCAGAUCUCGAUCAAGGUCUCGCUCCAGAUCAGCGGGCAAGGAUCGCUCCAGGAAGUCGGUCUCCAAGGGCCUAGAGCCAGCCAAGAGUGAUGAGGAGGGCGGUGCUGCUGAGAGGGCUUCUCGCUCCCGCUCUGUCACCCCUGCUGACCCGAAGCCCAGAGCCAGGUCCAGGUCCAAGUCUAAGUCUAAGUCCAAGUCACACUCCCCAUCGCCAGUCAAAGCCCGCUCCCGCUCCCCAUCAGCUUCCCGUUCAGAGUCUCGCUCCAAAUCCCGCUCACCAUCCCGUUCUCGCUCUCGUUCUCGCUCCCGAUCUUAAUCGCCAUCGAGGACUGUAUGUCAUGAGCCCCUACCCAGAUGUUUCCCACUGUCCACCAUUUACAUUCCCCACAUUAGUCAACCUUGUCUCUGUCUUUUGAUAAAUAGCUGUAGAUUGAGGCACUCAUGCUCGAUGUGUCUAUUCACUCGCUUUUCAGUUUUGACUUUUAUCCUCCAAAUGUUCUUAGUAUAGUUGUCUCCAUAUGGAAUUAUUUGUAAAAUAACAGGAUAAGAUCAGUUUUUUAAGUUUAACUUGAUUCAAAUUCACAGUUGUAUGUGUUAGACUUUUUAUCACACAUGUAAAAACGAAAAUGUUCUGUAGAUGUGCUAGGUGAGACUUUCUGUGAUAACUCUGCCUUUUAUUUACUCUGAGAAUAAAAAAAUGCCUGA